AGAAAAUGAAUAGAUCACUCAACGCGCAGGUGUUCGCGCCACUGGGCGACAUUGACCUACUGAAGAACAAGUUUGGUGACCACGAUAAGGGCGUCGAAAACAGGCCAGUCUUUUGUUCUACCGAAGUCGAAGCUACGUACGGCGUUCUCAUCCCGUCGGUCUACGUGGCAGCACAUCUGACGCCACAGGCACGAUUGCAAGCGAACCGCACACUGACGUACAUCAUCAACGCGGCUGUCAACGGCAUCAACCGGCUGUCGUGGGGAAAUGACUCGUCCCGCAUUGCCAUCAUCGAGAAACUGAAUAAUACUGGCGUGUCCCUGUGGCCUCCGGACUCGCUGCUCACAUGGCGUGGCCUUAACGAAAUGUACGCCACCUUCGCGCCGUAUAAAAACUCGUUCGCCGAGUACUGGGUGCACGGGCACGAACGACUCCGGCAGCUGGCCGAGCAACCUCGCUAUGGCCAAGCAUUGGCAAUUCGACCCAACUUCGUGCUCCCAUUGUUCGCCUACGACUACGUGCUCAACACGGUGUCUAUCGCCGUGAACGCGUUGGCGAGGCCGCUCUUCUAUGCCCAAGGAACAGCCGCAAUGGAUCAUGGAGGCUUCGGCUUCGGCUUCGCCAGGGAACUGGUCAAAACUCUCGACGGCACGAGUCUCAAGGUUGAUCCGGCAGGACGCAUUAACGACUCCUGGGUCACGCCAGAAUGGCGCGAACAGACGUCGAUGAAGGCCAACUGCUUGUCGUCCGGCAAGGACAUCUUUCCCGAGGUGCCUGCACUGCAGUUGGCAUAUGAGGCGUUUCAGAGGCGGCACCGAGAAUUGCCCGCGAGUCUGCGGCUAUCAGAUGUUUGGAGUGAAGAGCAGGUUUUCUUUAUUACAGCCUGCUUCACCAUGUGUACCCUCGCCGGUCCAAUCAGAGCUCUGACUGGGGACUGCAACAAGGCAGUCAGCAACUUUCCGGCUUUCGCUCAAGCCUUUCAGUGCCCUACGGGUUCACCCAUGAACCCGGAGCAGAAGUGCUUUUAUUUUGACUGAGACCCACAAACUACGUUCCUCCGAAGCAUGCUGUCUGCAAAUUUCUACAAUGUCUCUUUCGCAUUCUGCAUGAUGCCCACUAACGUUGAAUGUGCAUAUUUUUAAACGGUGUCGUGCUGCCACAGCAAUCUGCCACCAUAAGCUGCGUCACAACACUUUGAACGAUUGUGAAGCUUUCGACGAACCACCCACCUUAGACGUACAUUCACCACCACAUAGUUUUGUUUAGAAUUAGAAUCAAGCGUGUUGUUUGAAGUUCUUUUUUUCUCAUUCGUCUCGACGUAUUGCAGUUAUCGUUUGUGGAACGUGUAUAUUGGUUUCCAUGGCUGGUGCGCAAAACUCGAAAUGGAGUUAGGUAUCAUAAUG